CUAAAUUUUUCAAUCUCACAUUAUAAGCCACAUAACAAUGAAGAAUCGUUCUUGAAUCUAAUAGAAUUUGAAAAUAAUUUUCUAUAAUUUAGUGCACCGGAAUUUUUCAAGAUGAUUUUGACUUUUAUGAACGUCAAAGACGAAGGAGUUCAUAAUGAAUACUUGGCUGUGAUAUUGUCAUGCUUCAUAUACUACCUGUGUGGCGUCCACACAGGUUGGACCUCCCCUUCGAUCGCGAAGCUACAGUCGCAAGAGUAUCCAUUCGAAGUAUCUAACGAAGAGGCUUCGUAUAUAGCCAUACUGGGACCAUUUGGAGAUAUUGUGGGCGAGAUAUCGUAUACUAUUUUUGCAGACAGGAUCGGAAGGAAGAAUACCUUGCUCCUAGCCGGAGUCCCCAUGAUAUCUGCGUGGAUCUUGAUAUACCUUUCUCAUCUGUCACCAUUCAUGAUUUACGCCGCAAGAUUCCUAGGCGGCAUUUGUAUGGGUACUGUCAUUUCUGUAUCCCCCAUGUACACUUCCGAGAUAUCACGACCAGAGAUAAGAGGUAAAUUGGGAGUCAUUUCAGUAUUUGCUUUCAUGAGUGGGGUAAUCACGAUAAAUUUGUUUGGAAAAUUCCUCACGAUACAUCAGUCUUCACUGAUUUUUAUUGUUGUAGUAUUAGUUUUCUUCGCAACAUUUUCUUUCAUGCCUAAAUCUCCCUAUUACCUCCUCAUCAAAGGAAGGAAGAAAGCUGCCGAAGAGAGUCUUAUGUUCUUCAGAAGAACACAUAACGUGACGAAAGAAGUAUUAGCCCUUAAUGAAGAUGUGAAUAGACAACUCAGCGAACCAGGAAGUUUCAGGGACCUCUUCACCAGAUCCGUGAAUAAAAGGGCGCUUAAAUUGAUGAUUUUCGGAAGGAUUUUCCAACAGCUAACUGGUGCUACAGCUUUAACAAUGUACGGGCAGCAUCUGCUCCAAGGUUCUUCCGAGAUUAUCGAACCACAAUUUGCUAUUACCAUCAUUUCUAUUUGUCAAGCAUGUUGCGUGGUUUUAUGUGGUUCUAUGUCGGAUCAAUUUGGUAGGGUUCCACUCUUGGUAUACACAACUGGAUUAUGUUCCCUCAACCUACUCUUACUAGGUAUUUAUUUCACCCUCAGAGACUUUUCUGGCUGGAGUCCACCUUCCAUUAUUCCUGUUUUAGUAUAUGGUAUAUAUUUUCUGGUUUACCAAACUGGAACUGGAUCUCUUCUAAACGUUCUGCUGGGAGAAAUGUUUUCAGCUUCGGUUAAACCAAAAGCAAUAUGUGUUGUAAACAUAACUUACUCAUUGGUCGUUCUAUUCACAACGAAAUUCUAUCAAAUCUCAUAUGACUACUUGCAUAUUUCCAUUUUCUUUUAUAUCUUCGGUAUAUGUACUUUUGUGGGAACGCUAUAUUUCAAACAUAAUUUUCCUGAGACCAAAGGGAAAGGUUUGGAACAGAUACAGAUAGAAUUGGGCCAGAAAGGUGGAAGAAGAAGAAGUAGGGAAAUAACCAGAGGUGUUUGAGAGGUCAAGUAUGAAAUGGAGAAAGCGCUUUCUAGUAAUAAUUUUAUUCUGUGAUAUCUUGUAGUCAAUCAAGACAAUGCCUUAUUUUCCUUAUUUUCUUGAUAGGAUAAUAAAAUAUGAAGUAUU